UGGUUAUUUUUAAUGAUGAAGGCGAUGAUUGGUGUUUAGAUGAUAUAUAUUUUUUCCUUUCAUUUCACAUUGUUUUUACAUUCAAGUAGCGCUCCAGAAAAAGUUCACUUAAAAAAAAACACUCUUAUUUUGACAGUUUCACCCGGCUGUGCUUCCCCUCGCUUGUCUGGGUCCACAAGGAAGGCGUUUGCACCGCUAUACGGAUUAAAUUAAAUAGUUUUUGCUGAAUGUUUUGUUUCACCAAAGAAAAUUGAGUGUUUUAUAGGAUUUUGAUAGAAGUUGUAAAUAUGCUUUUGUUGGCUUUGCUUUUCUUCAUCCAAAACUAUGGUGGAAGUGGCCGAAAUGUUGCCAGACCAAACAUUGUUAUGGUGAUGAGUGAUGCAUUUGAUGGCCGAUUAUCCUUCGAUACAGGCAGCAAAGUUGUGCAGCUCCCAUACAUAAAUUACCUCAGCGAGCUGGGCUCCACAUUCCUUAACGCUUACACAAACUCACCCAUCUGCUGCCCCUCAAGAGCAGCAAUGUGGAGCGGUCAGUUUGUUCACCUCACUCAGUCGUGGAACAACUACAAGUGCUUGGAUGCAAACUCAACCACAUGGAUGGAUCUGCUGGAGAGGAACGGCUAUCGCACAAAGAUGCUGGGCAAGCUGGAUUAUACCUCAGGGAGCCACUCGGUCAGUAAUCGCGUCGAGGCUUGGACACGGGAUGUUCAGUUCCUCCUUCGCCAGGAAGGCCGGCCUGUGUCUCAACUUGUUGGCAACAUGUCAACCAUAAGGAUCAUGGAAAUAGACUGGGAAAACACAGAUAAAGCCACUCAGUGGAUCCGCCAAACAGCAGCGCUUUCAAACGAGCCUUUUGCUCUUUAUCUUGGCCUCAAUCUGCCUCAUCCCUAUAAAACUGAAUCUCUGGGGCCUACGGCUGGAGGAUCCACCUUCCGCAGUUCACCAUACUGGCUCAAAAAGGUGUCUUCUGAGCAUGUCUCUAUUCCUAAAUGGUUGCCUAUGGCUGCCAUGCACCCUGUAGACCUCUACUCCACCUUCACCAAGAACUGCAGCAGCGAGUUCACUGAGGAGGAAAUUAAACACAUCCGGACUUUCUACUAUGCCAUGUGUGCGGAGGCAGACGCCAUGCUGGGUCAGGUGAUUUCAGCUCUGAGGGAGACUGGCCUGCUGGACAACACUGCUGUGAUCUUCACCGCCGACCACGGGGAGCUAGCCAUGGAGCACCGGCAGUUUUAUAAGAUGUCAAUGUUUGAAGGCAGUUCUCAUGUCCCGCUGCUCAUCAUGGGGCCCGGGGUGAAGUCCGGCCUGCAGGUCCACCAGCUUGUGUCGUUGGUUGAUCUCUAUCCUACUGUGCUUGAAAUUGCUGGUGUUUCGGCUGUCGGCAAUUUUAGUGGGCACUCCAUCCUGCCAUUGAUAUCCAAAUCCAGGAAUUUUUCCAAGACCAAACACCCAGAGUGGGUGUUGAGCGAAUAUCAUGGCUGCAAUGCCAAUGCCUCUACAUACAUGCUUAGGGUUGGACACUGGAAAUACAUCGCCUACGCCGAUGGAUUGAGUGUUCCCCCGCAACUCUUCAAUGUCACAGUGGACAAGGAUGAGCUGCACAAUGUGGUUCUCAAAUUCCCAGAUGUCCAGGCUCAACUCGACAAGCUGCUGCGUACCAUCGUGGAUUAUCCAAAAGUCUCCUCAGCCGUCCGUCUCUACAAUAAGAAAGCGUUUGCUGCGUGGCGGGAUAGUCUGGGGAGUAACUACACGGAGGUCAUCGCUAACCUCAGGUGGCAUGUGGACUGGCAAAAGGAUAUCCUAGCCAAUGAGAAAGCAAUUGACACAUGGCUGCAUGGCUCAUCAAGAACGUCUAAUGGCUGAAGUGAUAGCUAACGUUUUAAAGCCUCGAUAGUACGUUAUUUAACUUUUUGUACUUUUAUUCAUACAUUUCUAAGAGUAAUUGUUUGAUUUUAUUUCUCAUGUACACCGACCAAACGUAAUUAUGGCCUUGUGGUUAUGCUGAGUGGUCUGUGGCUAUGUAGCCCAUGUAUUCUGACACCUUCCUAUGACCAGUUGUUAAUUUGUCAACAAUUCGAGCUCAACCACAAAGGUCAGUCAGGGAGAAUGAACCCCCAUCAUCAAUGAGCUUUGGCCACAGAUGACCCUUGAGAUCUCACUGAGGAUCUUAAAAACACAUUUUUAAAAGAUUUGAGAGCUUUAAAAAUUUUAUUUAUUGAGAUUUUAAUAACUGUUCACUAGUUAUGGUGAUAUUUAAAUAUAAAUAGUUGCCUUGGGUUUUGUUCAUUUUGUAAAAACAGGCCUUCACAUAUAUGCAUACAGGUUUUUUUUGUUACAAUAUUUUUUUUUUCUUCUAUUUCACAAUCAUCUUUGUGUUGUUCGAUCAUGCAAAUUAUAUAACAUAUUAAUAAUUGUAAAAUUAAAAAAUGUAAGAUAUUUUUUAUAAAAAUUGGAAGGAUGAAUACCUUCGCAAGGCACUUUAUUUCCUGCUACUUAUUUAUUAAACAAGAUGAAUAAUGUUUAAAUGCCAAAUUCUCCGGCAUGGUCAGUAUAACUGGGCUGCACAGUGAUGCAGUGGGUAGCGCUGGUGCCUUGCAGCAAGAAGGUGCCCUAGGUUUUUCUGCAUAGAGUUUGCAUGUUCUCCCCAUGCGUGGGUUGUCUCCAGGUACUCAGGUUUCCUCCCACAGUCCAAAAACAUGACCGUUAGGUUGAGUGGCCUCUCUAAAUUCUCCUUAGGUGUGAGUGUGUG